AUGGCGGUGCACGUGCUCGCCGCCCCUGGCUGCCUGUCAGAGGGAGAGGCGCUUCGCUUUGUAGAAGAGAAGGAUGUUGUCAAGGGCGAUUUUGUGCUGGUCAGCGGCAGCGUGGUGGGCAACGUGGACCUGCGGCCGGCGGUGCAGGCGCACGUGGUCAGGCGCGGCAUCGACCGCCAGGCCGUCAUGACGCUGCUGCUGCACCAGGGUUGUUUGGCCAGCGACACGUCUGCACCGUACUUGGAUGACUGCCUGGUGGUGGCAGACCCUUGCAGCCAUCAGCUGCUCAAGCUGGAGCAUGGCAACCGGGCGGUGCACACUGCCAACAUGGGCACGCACGUGUUUGGCGAGCGUGACGUCGUCGUGGUGCGGUCCGGCCUGCGUCUCUCCCAUGUCUACAUCUGCGCCCCAGAGGCCCUGGUCCUGCUCAGCGACAAUUUCGACUAUCAGAGCAUUGCGGGCGACUUGGUGCCGGGUGUGCUGUCGGAACAAGAGCUGGGCAGCACACUCUACGUCCACGAACUGGCCAGGGGGUAUGCAGAGCGCGUCGGCAACCGUCCUGGCUAUGUUGGGAUUGUUGAGGAUGUAGUGGGCCGCUGGACGUAUCCAUGGGUGCCUGACAACAGCGGCAACCAGCAGGAUUUAUGCAGAUUCAACCGUGGCUUUUACAUGUAA